AAGGUCAGCUGUUUCUGCUGUCACCCGACGGACGAGCGGUGGUGUUUUCCUUGGAGCCUUGUUGGCUAUUUUCGUGUUGCAAUAGUAGGCAGGAAAAUUGCAUCGUUCGCCGUAACAAGCAUGUGGCGCGGAGUUCCCAACCCAAAACGGCCACUGUGUUAAACAGGAAACGCACACACGCACACACAUACACAAACACUGGUGGAAGUUUGGAAGGAAUUUCCCGCGUUUCCCGCGAGUGCGUGUGUGUGUGUCUUUGGCAACGUACCAUUCCAAAGAUAGCAGCGUAUAGUUUGGCCCCUACCUUUAUUAUAAGUAAGCACCCCGCACCACAGAACAACGGAAUUGUUGUUCGUAUUUCAUCGCACACGCGGCACAGAGUACAAUCGAUGCGUCUGUAAGUGUCUGUCCCGUCACGAGCCGUCCUUCAGUCGCAAGCGAACUACACAAUGAGGAACUACGUGCCAGACAUAAUCAUUUUGUUUAUCAUAAUCGUAACGAUCACGAUCGUUCGAUUAGUGUCACAAAUUCUGCACGAAACGCUCAGCGAUGGAGCGCUGCCCGUUCCGCCCGCAGCCGAAGCGAGCGAACCAAAGCCCGAACCGUCCCUCAGCCAGCUGAUCGAUCAGAAAUCGAAAGAAUAUUCAUGGCUGCUCCGGUUGAUGGUGAACCUGUUCGGCUAUCUGUGCAUUUUCGUGCCCGGCGUGUUGAUCUACAAGUAUGCGAAGCGCACCAAGUACAUGGAACGCUCGGAACGAUCGCAUCUGUCCGGGCUGGUAAAGUUUUGCUUUGCCGGAUCCGGCCCAGACAGUUUGGAACGGCCGCUGGACGGACAGGUCGGUGGUGGUGGUGGGAAGGGAGCGGCUAGCAAACGCACCACGGCCCAGGAAUGUGUGCUGCUCGGGUACUGUCUGGUCGGUCUGAUGGGUUCGUACCUUACCUGGGGCGUGCUGCAGGAGAAAAUUAUGACGCAAGAGUACGAAGGACCGGAGAAACGGAAAUCCCACUUCAAAGACUCCCAGUUUCUGGUGUUCUCGAACCGCGUGCUCGGUUUCAUGCUAACGGCCGUCUAUCUUGUGGCGAAGCGCCAAUUCCGCCACCGCGCCCCGCUGUACAAGUACUCGUACGCUUCGUUUUCCAACAUCAUGAGCGCCUGGUUCCAGUACGAGGCGCUCAAGUUCGUCAACUUUCCCACCCAGGUGUUGGCCAAAUCGUGCAAAAUCAUCCCGGUGAUGAUAAUGGGGAAAAUCAUUUCGCGCAACAAGUACGAAUUCUACGAGUACCUGACGGCGGCGAUGAUCUCCGUCGGUAUGAUCUUCUUCCUGACCGGCUCGACCGACGAGUCGAAAUCGACCGCAAUGACGACGCUGACCGGGGUGCUGCUGCUGACGUUCUACAUGAUCUUCGACAGCUUCACGUCCAACUGGCAGGGCGAACUGUUCCGGUCGUACUCGAUGUCCUCGAUACAGAUGAUGUGCGGGGUGAAUCUGUUCAGCACCCUGUUCACCGGUGCGUCGCUCGCGAUGCAGGGCGGGUUCUACAGCUCGCUCGUGUUUGCCGUCGAUCAUCCGAAGUUUGUGGUCGACUGCAUCGUGCUGUCGAUCUCGUCCGCGAUCGGGCAGCUGUUCAUCUUCUACACGAUUGCCACGUUCGGUGCGGUCGCGUUUACCAUCAUCAUGACCCUGCGCCAGGCGAUCGCCAUUCUGCUGUCCUGCCUGAUCUAUCAGCACCGCAUUUCGUUCCUGGGCGUGAUCGGUGUGCUGAUCGUGUUUCUCGCCAUCUUCCUGCGGGUGUACUGCAACCAGCGGCUAAAGGCAAUAAAACAACGGCACCAAACCAGUGUGGCCGGUGGGGGCAGCACCGGCAAACCUCGCAUCAACGUUUAGAGCACGUGAUAGGCGUGAUGGCGCGCGUGCUUAAGCAGUAUCUGUGUUGCAUUUUUCGAAUUUAGUUCAUUCGUCUCGGUAGGGAGCGCAGACAUAAGUUGAGGAGAAUUUUACAAACCAGGACAACAGCAGCCAGUCAGCUGUGUGCGGUAGAUGUUAGGAGUUAAGAGAUGUGUUUUUAUUUAUCGAACCCCCGGUACGUGUUAACGGUGAGGCAAUGUAGUGUAGCGCCAGGUAGCAAGUAGUAACGAAGCAAGCAGAAAACCCCCAAAACCCCGAUACGCUUGAAUGCUUGUUGCUAACCAAAAACAAAACAAAAAGUAAUGUAACGAUCGAUAGAUUGUGAAUCCGUGAUCAUUAUGCGUUUGUGUAGUAAUAAAAUACCCGAAACGAAAUAAAUGGCUAACCGUGUGCGAAAAAUCA